CUACCUCUCACUCUACAGUGUGACGCGGAGAGGACCAAAUCUCCGAUGUUCCUUUUACUUUGAUACUAACAAAGGGUUCAAGAGAUUUAUCAAAACACCGAUGGAAGAGAGUUUCAAACCUUCCAGUUACAAAGAGUACGUCGCCGGCUUGUUCGCUGGUGUUGCCACCGUUAUCAUCGGUCACCCCUUCGAUACUGUGAAGGUUAAGUUGCAGAAACACAAUACUACAGUGCAUGGGAUUACAUAUAGGAAUGGCUUGCAUUGCACUGCUAGGAUACUUGCAUCUGAAGGGGUCAGAGGACUUUAUACAGGGGCAACACCAUCUUUUGUUGGAAUGGCCUUUGAAAGUUCUCUUCUUUUUGGCAUUUAUUCACAAACAAAACAGUUACUGCAGGGAGGAGUUCAGAGUAGCGGGCCACAGCCCCAAGUAAUAAUUCCUUCUGCUGCUUUUGGUGGAGCUAUUAUCAGUUUUGUUCUAUGUCCAUCGGAGUUAGUGAAGUGUAGGAUGCAAAUUCAAGGCACUGACUCGUUGGUUCCAAAGUGUAGUGGCUACAGUAGUUCCAUUGAUUGUGCACUAAAAACCAUAAAAAGUGACGGGGUUACAGGUGCCUUUCGAGGUGGCUCUGCAACAUUAUUAAGGGAAUCCGUUGGAAAUGCAGUAUUUUUUAGUGUGUAUGAAUAUGUCCGUUAUUAUAUGCACUUACAGCUAAAAACUGGUUCAUCUGACCAUAGCAGUUUGGUUGAUAUGGGAAUUGGAAUUUUGAGUGGUGGUCUGGGUGGUGUAGCUUUCUGGUCAACUGUUUUACCUUUGGAUGUGGCAAAAACCAUUAUCCAGACUGCUCCAGAUAGAAGCUAUUCAACAAAUCCUUUUCAAGUUUUAAAUUCGAUUUACCGGAGGGCUGGACUCAGAGGAUGCUAUGCAGGACUCGGUCCUACCAUUGCGAGGGCUUUUCCAGCUAAUGCAGCUGCAAUCGUCACCUGGGAGUUGGCCAUGAAGCUUCUUGGAAUCAAGAACAACUAAGGAAACUUCUUUUGAAUUUGUAAUUGGCUUGGUGGCUGAUCUUUCAGCUCGCAUAUUGGCACGAGCUGAUCCUUGGGCUUAAAUGAUAUGAACAUGUAGCUCGAAGACAUUUGAGUUGUUUUC